UAUAGUUAUAUGCUUGCCCUACGACGUAAGGUAUUUACAAUUUACACCAUAUAUAAAUAUUAUUAUGCAGAAUAUUAUUAUUAUAAUUAAUAAUUAAUUAUAUAUAUUCAAUCAUUGAUAAUUGAGUAGGGACUAGGGAAGUGAAUCUAUACGCAGUAUAUAUUUCCACUCUCAGAUGAUCAGAAACCACAUCGCGCCGACUCUCGAUUUAUUGUAGCACUUCUUCGAUCCCAGAUAUUAAAUUAGCAGAGAAAUUGGAAUGGGAACGGAAAUUGAAAAAGAAUCAGAUUUAGGUGGAGGGGUUAAGAGAAGAAUGUGCUCAUGUACUAAAGAUGAUUUUCUCCCCGAGGAGUCCUUCAAGAGUUGGGGAAACUACAUUAAUGCUUUGAAGGAAACUCCAAUGAGGUUGGCGGAUCGGGUGUUAACCCGAUCCACCGAUGAGAUGGAGUUGGCGGCGAGAUCCCAAAGCAAGAAUGAGAUGAAGAGAACACUCUCUUGGUGGGACCUCAUGUGGUUUGGCAUGGGAUCCGUCAUAGGUGCUGGAAUAUUCGUUUUAACUGGAAUCGAAGCGAGGGAAGACGUCGGACCGGCUGUUGUCCUCUCUUACGGAGUCUCUGGGCUCUCUGCCUUGCUUUCUGUCUUUUGCUAUACCGAAUUCGCUGUGGAGAUUCCUGUUGCAGGGGGAUCGUUUGCCUAUCUUAGAGUAGAGCUUGGUGACUUCAUGGCCUUUAUAGCCGCUGGAAACAUCCUCUUAGAUUACAUCAUCUCCGGAGCAGCCGUGGCUCGUUCAUGGACUUCAUACUUAGCCACUUUAUUGAACAAGGACCCACAAUCCUUUCUCAUAACCGCACACGGCCUCGCUGAAGGGUAUAACCGCCUAGACCCCAUUGCGGUUGUAGUUUGUUUCAUCAUUUGCAUACUUGCAAUCAUAAGCACAAAAGGCUCUUCGCGUUUCAACUACAUUGCCUCAAUUGUCCACAUGGUUGUGAUUCUCUUCAUCAUAGUCUGCGGCCUCACGAAAGCCAACCCCGAGAACUACACGACACCCUUUAUGCCGUUUGGUCCCCGAGGAGUGUUCAAGGCCGCGGCUGUGCUCUACUUCGCCUAUGUCGGGUUUGAUGCGGUCUCGACCAUGGCUGAGGAGACAAAGAAUCCCGCGAGAGAUAUACCCAUAGGCUUAGUGGGGUCGAUGGUGAUCACGACCACUAUUUAUUGCUUAUUAGCGAUCACACUUUGUAUGAUGCAGAAAUAUGACACCAUUGAUGCUAACGCACCUUUUUCGAUCGCAUUCAAGAAAGUUGGGUGGAAUUGGGCUCAAUACAUAGUGGCGUUUGGUGCUCUCAAAGGGAUGACCUCAGUUUUGUUGGUUGGGGCGGUUGGGCAAGCUCGUUAUCUAACCCACAUUGCAAGAAACCACAUGAUGCCCGCUUGGUUUUCACACGUUGACUCUAAGACCGGGACACCGAUCAACGCCACUGCUACGUUGAUGGCUGCCACCGCGAUUAUCGCAUUCUUUACGAAGCUCGACAUUCUAGCCAACCUCCUCUCAAUUGCUACACUCUUCAUCUUCAUGCUCGUGGCAAUUGCUCUUCUAGUGCGGCGUUACUAUGCCUCAGGCCAAACUACGGCCUCAGACCGCAACAAAUUGAUUCUGUUUCUUUUACUCAUCCUCGGGUCUUCGAUUGGCACCGCAGUUUAUUGGAUGUUGAGUGGGACUGGUUGGGUUGUUUACUGUGUAACGGUUUCGGUAUGGCUUUUUUCCACGGCCGGGAUUUGUUUCUUCGUUCCUCAUGCUCGGCACCCGAAGUUGUGGGGGGUGCCUUUGGUGCCAUGGCUGCCUUCUGCAUCAAUUGCUAUAAACAUUUUCCUCCUUGGUUCAAUAGAUGUUGCAUCUUAUAAGAGGUUUGCAAUUUGGACGGCCUUUCUUUUGGCUUACUAUGUUCUUUUUGGGCUUCAUUCUUCAUAUGAUGCCGCAAAGGAACUAGAAAGAAAGGAAGAGAUUGAAAAUAAUGUUGAGGUUGGUGGUGCCCAUUCAACAUCCUAGCUUAGAACUUUUACUAUUUUGUUUUUCUUCUUUUUCUUAAAAAUAAGCAUAGCUUAUGUCAAGUGUAACGUAAUGGUGUCAUGUUGCAUUAGUUAAUUGACUUUUAGACUUUAGAUACUCCUCAGAUCAGAUAUGACAAAGUAC